UAUGAGAAGCAGCCGCAGCCCCUGUGAAUGAAAGCAUUCUUCAUUCCAUGCGGCUGACCAAUAACUUUUCUUCAGUCCGGGUGUUUGACGCGUCAGCGCGGCGCGCCCACCGCACAGCUCCGCCGCCCCUUCACAAACACCAACACAGUUUGACUUGGAUGGACUCGCGGAAAGACUACACACAUGCUGCAGCGACACUUCAGUGAAAAGGAGUUGGGAGUCAAGGCCCGGCAAAAAAACAACGGAGGUACAAAUGCUAAGUUAGCAGCAUCUUUCAUCCGGGAGCUGUCGGGGUUUUCAUCCAAAAACUUCUAAAAGGGAGUGCUGCACUUUUGGGCAUCUCACUGUCCACACUGUUGAUUUGAAUGGAUGUUGACACUAUGUUCCAGACACACCCAGUCAUAACAAGCACUGAAUGAUCGGAGAGAAGGGCAAGACAGGCGACUGGAUCCUUCUGGAGAACAGCCUGGCAUCAAAAACAAACUGAGAUCUUUCACCACAGAGCCACUUGAAACAAUGGGUGACCUUGGCGAGGAGUAUGGAAACUACACCUACGACUAUGACCUGGAGUACGGCGACUUGGAGGAUCUUAAAGUGGAGCACAGGCAGAAGGAAACAAUGCACAUUAUCUCAGUAGUCGUCUACAUUAUCUCCUUUGUGCUCGGACUGAUUGGGAAUGGGACUGUCAUUUGGGUGACGGCGUUUAAAAGCAAAAAGACCGUCAACAGUGUGUGGCUGCUCAACCUGGCCAUAGCAGACUUUGUUUUUGUGCUUUUUCUCCCGUUCUACAUCGAUUACAUCCUGCGAGACUUCCACUGGGACUUUGGUGUAGCCAUGUGUAAGAUUAACUCGUUUGUGUCUGUGAUGAACAUGUAUGCUAGUGUGCUCUUCCUCACUGUGCUCAGCGUAGACAGAUAUGUUUCUCUCGUGCACCUCGACUGGUCCCAGAGGCGCCGCACCAUGGGGAGCGCCUGGGUUGUAUGUGGCUGCAUAUGGAUGCUAGCUGCAGCCUUGAGCUGCCCUGCGUUGAUUUUCCGCGACACAAUGCGCUUACAUGACAAGGUGGUGUGCUUCAACAACUUCCAUGAAAAGGAUGGACACACGGCGGCCAUGAGGCACAUUAUAAUCGUGAUCAUCCGCACCACUGUUGGCUUCCUUUUGCCUUUUACUGCAAUAUGUGUGACAAGCAUACUUCUGACUGUCAAAGUGAAUCAGUCCAGGGGCUCGGUUCGCGUUUCCAGUUUCUCCAAAACCGUGUCAGCUGUAAUCCUGGCCUUCUUUUUAUGCUGGGCACCUUUUCAUACUUUCAGCUUGAUGGAGUUGUCCAUGCAUUCCUCAUUUUACUUACACAACAUACUAAAAGCCGGCUUUCCUCUCGCCACCAGCUUAGGCUUUUUCAACAGCUGUAUUAACCCCCUGCUGUACAUGCUCAUUGGAAAAAAGGUGCGUCAUAUCCUUAAGCGUGCAUGCCUGGACAUUACUAAGAGUUCACUCAGAGAACUCAGCCAAUCAGUCUCCGCCACUGAGAUGGAGUCUGUGCCAGAAGUUCACCAGAACUGGGUGCCAGAGGAGUCUGUGGAGUCAUCAGCUCUAUGAUUACAGCCAUUAUCAGACUGAAGAACAUAAGGCUAAGAGCGGCUGUUACUUAAAUAAAUAAAUGUGGAAUAUUAUCAUAGCUGUUCUUUCCAUCUUAACUGUCAAGGUUUUCCAAUUCUGUGUCCUUUUGACAGACUUAAAACUCUAUUUGGAAAAUCUAUGUUGAACUGUGUACAAUGUACAUACUGAGUUUGUAUCGUCUGUUUUUCCCAUUUCAUAAUCCAGUGACUCUCAGAAAAAGGGCAAGAUACACUUAAAAAAUACUUUCAAGAGAAAAAUAUUUGAUUCUAAGUCUCUGCUCCAGCUUCUCAGCUGUGAUUAAUGCUUACAUUAAGAUUUUACAUUUUCUUUCUUUGGGUGGGCAAUAUUUACUGGACAGAAAAAGGAUUUUGACAAGGUCACCUUGGGCUCUAGAAAUUGUGAUGAGCUUCUUACAAUUUCUGUAAUUUCCUGACCAAGAGAAGUAUCGUUAUCUUAAGCAAUCAUAAAAGCAAUAAACGGUUACAGUUUUGUGACAAAUAUAUUUUAACAAAAGUAUUGUUGUAUUCUUAAGAAAUGGCAUCUUUGGUUCUUGGAGAUGUACUAUGUUGAAUAUAUCUCUUUUAAGUCUAACAUUGUGUUUAUUUUUAUAGACUUGCUGCUAGUCACCUUUGUAUGUAUUGUAUAAGAUUUUAAAACUAGUUGAGAGUUGUAUAAUUUUUUUAUUCUAAUAUAUUCCAAAUAAAUACAUUCUUCUGAACAUC